AUGCCCUGCCGUCCAAUAGUGUUGUCGGGACCAUCAGGAGGUGGAAAAAGUACGAUUCUUUCUCGGGCUAUGAAAGAAUAUCCGAACAGCUUCGCGUUUAGUGUGUCACAUACUACUCGUAAACCACGGGAAGGCGAAGAGCAUGGCGUACACUAUUGGUUCACUGACCACGAAGAAAUGCAGCGUAUGAUUGCAAAUGGCGAAUUCCUGGAACAUGCGACAUUUCGGAGGAAAUACAUAUGGCACGAGGAAGCCCGUCUUCGUGCACGUGGGACCGAAAAGGAAGAGGACAUAGCUAAGCGACUGAAACAUGCCCGAGAAGAUCUCGCAGCUGUGGAACAAGACCCAGAUCUAUUCGACCAUAUCAUUAUUAAUGACGAUUUGGAGAGGGCCUACAAGGAGUUCAUCCACAUCAUCGAAGAAGAUCUUAUGUCGAUUUCGAAUUGA